GACUCAUAGUUGGGGUGAUCUUGAGAUACGGGACUCCCUCUACCAGCGGCCAUGACAAGCCGUUCAGCUGCUCGCAGGAGGACAGGCCGUUUACAACCCUGCUGGUCAACGUCAGCGGGAAGUUCUUUGAAUAUACGCUCAAAGGGGAAAUAAGCCCUGGGAAGAUCCACAACGUGGAGCAAAAUGACAUGUUGCGAAAGGUAACAUUUGACCCAGAAGUAUUUUUCAACAUUCUGUUGCCUCCUAUCAUUUUUCAUGCUGGUUAUAGCCUCAAGAAGAGACACUUUUUCAGGAAUUUGGGGUCUAUUUUGGCUUAUGCCUUUUUAGGAACAGCAGUUUCUUGUUUUAUUAUUGGGAAUCUCAUGUAUGGGGUUGUGAAACUAAUGAAGUUGGUGGGUCAGCUCUCUGAUAAAUUCUAUUAUACAGACUGCCUCCUUUUUGGAGCAAUAAUAUCUGCCACUGAUCCAGUUACCGUGCUAGCAAUAUUUAAUGAGCUGCAUGCCGAUGUCGAUCUCUAUGCCCUUCUGUUUGGGGAGAGCGUGUUGAAUGACGCUGUUGCCAUUGUAUUAUCGUCAUCUAUAGUUGCCUACCAGCCAACAGGUGAAAAUACCCAUGCUUUUGAUGCAGCAGCAUUUUUCAAGUCGGUUGGUGUUUUUCUGGGAAUAUUCAGUGGUUCUUUCAUGAUGGGAGCAGUGACGGGGGUUGUGACAGCUCUGGUGACGAAGUUUACCAAGUUGCACUGCUUCCCCCUGCUGGAAACUGCUCUCUUCUUCUUGAUGUCCUGGAGCACUUUCUUGCUUGCAGAAGCUUGUGGAUUUACUGGUGUGGUGGCUGUCCUCUUCUGUGGAAUUACCCAGGCGCAUUACACAUACAAUAAUUUGUCAGUUGAAUCAAGAAGUCGCACUAAGCAGCUCUUUGAGGUAUUGCACUUCCUGGCAGAGAACUUCAUAUUUUCUUAUAUGGGUUUGGCACUGUUUACUUUCCAGAAACACAUAUUCAGCCCAGUUUUCAUUAUUGGAGCUUUUAUUGCAAUUUUUUUAGGCAGAGCUGCACACAUCUACCCUCUCUCCUUCUUGUUGAAUCUGGGCAGAAGGCAUAAGAUCAGCUGGAACUUUCAGCAUAUGAUGAUGUUUUCAGGUCUCAGGGGAGCCAUGGCAUUUGCUCUGGCUAUACGAGAUACUGCUACCUACUCGCAUCAAAUGAUGUUCUCAACAACUCUGCUCAUCGUCUUUUUCACUGUGUGGAUUGUCGGUGGAGGUACAACUCCUAUGCUGUCAUGGCUGAACAUCAGGGUUGGGGUUGACCCAGAUCAGGAUCCUCCACCUACUAAUGACAGCUUUCAAGUCUUACAAGGAGAUGGCCCAGAUUCUGAAAGAAGGAACAGGACAAAGCAGGAAAGUGCUUGGCUUUUCAGGCUAUGGUAUAGUUUUGACCAUAAUUAUUUAAAGCCAAUUCUCACUCACAGUGGCCCUCCGUUAACCACAACUCUACCCAGCUGGUGUGGCCUGAUAGCGCGCUGUCUGACAAGUCCUCAGGUUUAUGAUAAUCAAGAACAGCUUAGAGAAGAGGAUUCUGAUUUUAUUCUGAAUGAUGGUGACCUUACUGUGACAUAUGGUGAUACAACAAUAACUGCAAACGGUUCUUCUGGCCCCCAUACAGCUACCACUAGUCUUGACGGCAGGAGAACAAAAAGUAGUUCAGAGGAAGCACUGGAACGUGAUUUGGGAGCAGCAGAUCAUGAAGUUACAAGCAGGGGCACCCGACUAGUAUUUCCUCUGGAAGACAAUGCAUGAUUACUGACUCAGUAAAAAUAACUCUUGCUCUGUGGAUGGAUCAAGGAAGACUGCGGGCCACUGUGUCACUUGAGGGGGGGACGUUUGUUUAAGCGAGUUAACAUGCAUAAGAGGUUUUACUAGGGUCUGAAGAUGGCACCUCUUUUUUACUCAAGAUGCUGACAGUGGGG